AUGAGCGAUGAGACGUCAAGAACGUCAUCUUUAGAUGCCGGAAGAAGAGUCAAGCGUGUCCUGUAAGGUCUGAAUGUGCAUGCAGCGUCCUUAAGGUAAUAAAUGCAUCCAAAAGCGUUUAGAAAUGUAUGUCCAGGCGUCGACUCAUUGCUUUUACGUGUGACCCCUAGAUACUGGCUAUUUUAAAUAUUUGGUGCCGUUUUUUAUUAUGAAUACGGCCUUUUUGAAGCUCCGGUGCUUAACGUUUCUGUUUGUGAAAGGCAGAGCUCUCCCUGCUGCCCCGCCGCCGCUCGCAACCUGGGAUACUCGGACUGUUUCCCAAUUUUUCCGAACGAUGGCGACCAGUAAUAAUAACAAUAGUAAUAAUGGUGGUGAUAAUAGGACUAAAAAUGAUAACAAUAACCCGGGGACGAGGCAGCCGCUGGGUCAGAAGAAAGCCAAGCAGAAGGAUCCGCUGCGGAGACUGAAAACCAGAGAGAACAGGGGCAAACGAGGAGACGUUCACGGACCGUCCACGGUGUACCUGCAGGUGGUUGGUGCUGGAAGCAGAGAUAAUCCUGCGUCACUUUAUGUCUUCUCCGAGUACAACAGGUACCUGUUCAACUGCGGUGAAGGAACACAGAGACUCAUGCAGGAACACAAACUGAAAGCUUCUCACUUGGACAACAUCUUCCUGACCAGACUGAGCUGGGAGAAUGUGGGAGGUUUAUCAGGGAUGAUAUUAACUUUGAAGGACACCGGUGUUCCUGAGUGUGUCCUCUCUGGACCUCCACAGCUGAAGAACUACGUGAAUGCCAUCAAGUCAUUUUCCGGACCACUGAAAGACAUCAAGCUGUCGGUUCGGCCGUACACUGAAGAGGCUUACACAGACGAUACAAUGACGGUUUAUCAAGUGCCGAUAUUUGCCGAGUCGAGGGGCCGUGGUUUAAAGCUCUCCCCCAGGUCAAGCAACCCCCCUCGAAGUCCUGCCUCUCCAAGGAAAGACGACAUUCACCGUAACAGCUGCCAAGAGAAUCCGGGCAGUCCAGGUGAAAGACGACCGGCGACUAGAGACACGUCUUUGGUGGUUACCUUUGUCUGCAAGCUUCACCCCAAGAAAGGAAAUUUCUUGGUCGCCCAAGCCAGGGAGCUCGGACUGCCCGUAGGCACAGCAGCUAUCGGUCCACUCAUCGCAGCUCUGAAGGCUGGGAAAAGUAUCACGUUCGACGGGAAAGAGAUCCGGCCUGAGCAGGUUUGCACCCCCACUGACCCAGGACCAGUCUUUAUUAUUGUGGAGUGUCCGUCUGAGGAGUUUGUCAAAGCCGUUUGCACCAACCGGCAACUGAGAAGAUACCAAACAGGAGGGACAGAGGACCCCGCUGUGCUGGUGGUCCACAUGACUCCAGAGUCCGUUUUGAAAACAGAUCAAUACAAAGAGUGGAUGGAGAGGUUCCCAUCCACAACAGAGCACCUGAUCCUUAAUGAACAAGUCUGUACAGACCACAACAUCAGAAGUCACAAGAUUCAAGCCCAGCUGAACAUGAUUCACCCAGAGAUCUUUCCAGAACUCAAGUCCUACAAAACAAAGGAGCCUCAGGCUGCCCUGCACGUCCCCAACGUCAGAGCCGAGUGUCUGCUCAAGUUCCAGCUCAGACCCGUAAUGGAGUGGCAAAGAGAUGCCAUCCCCUCCUGUAACACCGAGGAGUUUGUGAGAGAGGCUUCUGAGGUCCCGAACUUUCUGGAAGAAGUGGAAAGGUGCAGGAAGAUUUGCUCCACUGACGCUGCGGAGCUUUCUGGGCAAGGAGAAAAAUACCCAGAGGUGGUUUUCUUGGGAACGGGAUCGGCUCUUCCAAUGAAGAUCAGAAAUGUCAGCGGCACUUUAGUUAAUAUCAGCCCGAGUCAGUCGCUACUGUUGGACUGCGGAGAGGGAACCUUCAGUCAGCUCUGCAGACACUACGGGGACGAUGUGGAUGACGCUCUCUCCAAGAUAUCCACCGUCUUCAUCUCACACAUGCACGCUGACCACCACACGGGGCUGCUGAAUUUGCUGUACCAGAGGGAAAGAGCAAUGGCAACUUUAGGAAAGGAGUUCAGCCCCAUCUACCUGAUUGCUCCGGGCUUGAUCAUGACCUGGCUCAACCAGUAUCACGACCACUGUGAGGAGAUCCUCAGCCAUAUCAACAUCGUCCCCAACGCGUUUCUAAGUGGUGGUGGUGCCGAGGCGCCCAAACAGUGGACAAAGUCCUUCAUCAGGGCUGCGUUGCUGAAAAAGAACGAUCUGAAGGAGUUCCAGACAUGCAGAGUGCAUCACUGUGAGAACGCCUUCGCCUGCAGCUUCACUCACCAGUCAGGCUGGAAACUGGCCUUUUCCGGGGACACCAUGCCCUGCGAUGCGUUUGUACACAUCGGAAGGAAUGCAACCUUAGUGAUACACGAGGCCACGCUGGAAGACGGGCUGGAGGUGGAGGCUGUAGAGAAGAGGCACAGCACAACCUCCCAGGCCAUCGGCAUCGGCAUGAAGAUGAACGCUGAGUUCAUCAUGCUGAACCACUUCAGCCAACGUUACGCCAAGAUCCCCCUCUUCAGUGAAGACUUCAGCGACAAAGUGGGAAUAUCAUUCGACCACAUGAGAAUUCGCCGUGGAGACUUCAAAAUCCUCCCCAGACUCAUUCCUGCACUCAAAACUCUCUUUGCCGAGGAGAUCGAAGAGAUGGAGGAGAGAAGAGAGAGGAGGGAGCUGAGGAAUCCCAGAGGAAGCGGCUCUGAGGUGAGCAGGGAGCAGAAGAUGGCCGAAGCGGCGGAGGCGGGCCGAGGCGCCAAACGCGACCAGGAGGAGGCGGCGACAGAUGACGUAGAAACGAAGAGACAAAAAACCUCCUUCAGCAGUACCCACUGAAACAGGAGCUCAGAGGAAAUCACUUCAACUGAGAGCUUCUUGAGUUAUUUUAUUUAAAGGAUCUUGAGUUUUUUAUUUGGAUUGCGUGAUUUGAUUGUGGAAAACUGAUGUAUAUUUCUUGCGUUGGAGUGUACAAUGCUAAGCUAUCAAUAUAGUUUUUUGGUUUUCAUUAAAGUGCAUGAAGCAAUA